AUGGUAAUGCAUGCAAGGAAACCUCAGCGAAUAAGCGAUGGGUACUUUGAGAAGCACCAGACCCAUCCAUACCAAAAGUACAACUCUAAAGCAGAAAGGCGAACCAAUGAUUAUAUCCCAGACACACGCUAUACGCCACUCAGGUCACCCAAUGGUAAUGUGUCUGCACAUGGGCACAGCCAUGCCAGCCACACUGGCCACUCAGCCCAUGGACACCACCAUUACAGUCAUGUGCCUGAUGAUAGAGGGCAUUCAACAUCCAGAAAUUCUUAUAUGCAGAAGGGUUCAGAAAAGGAGAGAGAUCGAGACUAUAAAUCAUCUAGAAAUAAGUACACAGAUAGUGUCCGAUCACCUAAGGAGAAACGAAGCAAAGAUAGUGAAAGAGAGAAGAAUAACCAUGAACGGUGUGAAUCUGAGAAAAAAAGUAGGACUAGUGGCAUGAACUGUAGUGUUAGUAGGAGUAGUAAAUAUGACAAAAGAAGUGCACCGGCUACGAGCGUGCCUUCAGGCAGUGAAUGGUCAGAACACAUUAGUUCAUCUGGCAAGAAGUAUUAUUAUAACUGUAUCAGUGAAGUGUCACAGUGGGAGAAGCCUAGGGAAUGGGACUCACGGAGGACAUCAUCCAAAGAUUCUACAUACGCUUCCAGAAGUAAUCGAGAUAAGAGGUCUAGUUCUCGGUCGGGGCGGCGCGAGGCGGAUAAGGGCAAGCGCACAAACAGCGCGUCGGAUCGCUAUUGGAGCGCGCGCGAUGGGGACGCGCACGAGCGCCCGCGGGUGAAGCACGCGCACGACGGUAAAGACGGGCAGGCGCAGGACAUGGACAUCUCGCCUGGGCGAAGCACCCCGGUGUCGGAGGGCUCGUACGGCGCGCGCGUGCCUUCGCGACACGCGCCAGACAACGUGCCGCCCGUCGUCGUACUCGACAACUCCAACAACACGACGGGCUCGCUGCUAGCGGCGGCACUCCCGCGUAUCGUGGCGGCCCCGACUACGAACAACGGCGGCGUGUCGCCGGCGGCGUGCGGCGUGGCGGGCGGUGGAGCGGGCGGCGUCGUGUGCGGCGCGGGCAGCGGGUCGGACACGCCGCACCGCGACGCCGGCCCGCCCACGCCCACGCACUCUGAGAGCAUCGACCCGCACGCGCCGCCGCUUCACCUUGAUGCCGCGCUGCCCAGGAAGAUGGAGUGCUUGGGCAGCUACUCGUCGGUGGUGGGUGGCAACCUGCAGCACGCGGCGCCUAUGCUGACGCCAUCGCUCAUCAACUACGUGCGCGGAGACCUCACCGCCCACGUCACCGGUUGGCCCGCCGACAUACUUGAGAAACAGGCGAACAAGUUCACUGAGGAGGCGUACCAGCUGGGCUGCCUGCAGUGCACGCGCGUCUCUGCAGAGCUCAAGUGCGCGCGCUCGCUCGUGCGCCACACCGAGAUACAGGCCACGCUGCAAGAGCAGAAGAUCAUGUACCUGCGGCAGCAGAUCUCGCGGCUGGAGGAGCUCAAGUCGCAGAACUCGUUCAUGUCGGACGACUAG